AUGGUUUUUGUUAAAAACUGGGAAGAUUUUGAAAUAGCCGCUGAAAAUAUGUACAUGGCGAAUCCACAAAACUGCCGAUACACCAUGAAAUACGUGCACUCCAAGGGUCACAUACUGCUCAAAAUGACGGACAAUGUGAAGUGCGUGCAGUAUAAGGCGGAGAACAUGCCCGAUCUGAAGAAAAUUGAGAAAAUCACAAGCAAUCUGGUCGGUCACAUGGCAUCAAAGGAAUAAAGCGAACACAACAAUUUAUUGGCCACGGCAGCAGUUUAAACGCAGCAACAACAACAAACUCACACAUACACACACAAGCACACGAUUGUUGUUGACUGUCUGUCUGUGUGUCUCACCUGCAAUUGUUUAGUUUUGUAAGCGUUUUGGGCCAUAAGUCGGCUAAUUGUGUGGUAACAAGAGUAGUUAGUUACUGUUUAAAUAACAUUUUAUAAAUGUUAGCUCUGUACACACAAAUUCAGUCCGAACUGGCGCCAGGUUUAAAUUUACGAUACUUUUGUAUUUCGACUGUAAUGUGAAUGGUUGCAGUUAAAGCUGCAUCAUAUUGUGACAUAUUCAAAGUAAUGCACAUUUCCAUGAAAUGCUUUAAACAAAUAAAAUGAGGUGUUUUUUAUAAGAAAAU